AUCGACCACUACGUACGCGCGUGGCAAAGGGAAAAUACGUCAGUGAAUGCAUGAUACCGUAUGGCAGGGUACGAAACCAUGCUGCCAAACAGUAACGGUACUCGUAGAUACACUACCGGUAAGAGGACACAGCAAGGACGAUACGUACUCGUACCCGAUGGCAACGGGUGCGAAUUUUUCCUUGAAACAUGAAGUCGUCGUCGUCGAUCUUUUCGGGGAUCAAAAUUCGGUGACAGUAAUCAUCAGUUGUCUUGCCCUCGUAGAUCAUUGUUUGUCCGAGUUUCGAUACCCGCGUCAGAAAAUCGACCAAAACSUACCAACAGCAUGAAGUUCUGCCUCGCCGCCACCCUCGCCGCACUCGCCUCCCAGGGCGCAUCGGCCUUUGCCCCCGUUUCGAAGCCCGCCGUGGCUUCGUCGCCGGCCACYGCGCUUGGCGCCCUCCCGAGCAUCUGGAGCACGCUCGGGAGUUUGGAGGGGCCCAGCGUCUGCUGGGGACCCGAGGGGGUGAUCAUUGGUCACGAGGAGAUCGAGAUCAAGGAAUACGACAACUUCACCAUGUUCCUGGCGGCUCUCAAGCAAAACAACCUCGAGAACAAGCUCAAAGCCAUUGGCCCCUACACGCUGCUGGCACCCACCGACUCGGCGGUCCAGCAAUACAAGGGGGUUCUGGACGAGGAAACCCUAUCGUACCACAUCAUAUUGCAGGAUCUGUACUCGGACGAAUUCGACGGCGAGUUCGAGACCCUGAGCGGCCACAAAGUCACCCUCCGAUACGAAUUCCGAAAGAGCUACGCCGACAACGGUGAGUCCUCUCUCGCCGUGUGGUCUGUCUUGCGCUUGUGUGUUCAUUGCUSGUGCUCUUGGCAACCCAUAUCGCUUUCGCUGCACGUUCCGUUAGAAGAACUAUGGUCGCAGAUCCAAGGCCGUGUGCAUUUUUAUAUUUAGUUUCUUUCUGCGUCCCUGUUUUCGUUGCAUCCGAUUCUAACCCAUAGUUGUUCUCAAACCGCGCCGCGCUCGAUUCUUGCCGACGACCGAAACCAUCCAACUUUCUGGCACCAAUGCAACGCAACAAAAUAACAACGAAACGAAACGAAACGAAACGAAACGAAACAGUCCUCGUGGGCCACGUUGGACAGACCUACGGAACGCCUUAUCCCCUCAACGUCCAGUGCGACAACGGACUCAUCCAUGCCAUCCCCGACGUUCUCACCCCCAACUGGAACCCACCGGGUGCCGAAGACCAACUGACGACGCGACGUCCCGACAUGGACCUGA